UCCCACCCACGAACACCCAUCACCCUCAGCUCCGCCAGAAGAACACAACUGAAGCAGCCACAUUGCCUAACAGCAUACGCAGGGAAGGUUGGUCAGUGGAAGAAACCCCUAUAGGCUAAGCUAGCCGAUACAGAUACCACGAAAGCAGAGCGAAGUAGCCAGAAGCAAGCUGUGACGAACCACCAAGUGAAGUGCAGAGCGCUAGGCGCACGUGUGCUCGUAGUAUCAGUCUAGGCAAGAUGGGUCGUCGGCAGACUGGAAUUUUCCUGGCGAUUGUGGCGCUGGCCGUCACCUUCCUCCUCCUCACACAAGUCGAAUCGCGCCCAGAGUUAGUGAAGCCCAAAAAGGGCGGCAAGAAGGGCGGCAGCAAGAGCAGCAGCAAGGGUGACAAGAAGAUCGAAACCGAGAGCGUUUCCACCGCAAGCACGGCGUCGACCAGCGGUACCGCCAAGACGAGCGGCGUCCAUGUGCGCAUCACCAUCGGCAGCGGCGGCUUCGGCAGCGGCGGCAGCAGCGGCGGCAGCAGCGGCGGUGGCAGCGGGGGUUCGCGAGGCGGCGUGCGGUCCAAGUCAACGGGGACGAGUUCGAAGUUCGGGUUCAGCCGGACUUACACCGGCAAGAUCCCCAGCUAUGCGGCCAAGUCCGUGUCGUUCAAGGGCGGCUCGGUGAUGUCGCAGCCGCUGGAGGUGUACCUCAUCUGGCACGGCACGUGGCCGGCGUCGCAGAAGACGCCGAUCCAGAAGUUUGUGGACUCCAUUUCCGAGGCGACGCUGGCCAACAAGCCCGGCAGCGUCAAGGACUGGUGGAACAUCAACCGCCUCUACAAGUCCGGCGCCACCUUCGUGACGCCCACCGUCUCCCGCAGCAACACGGAGAUUGACAUCGCUGCAGCGUCGUCGGCGUCAGGCCAGGCUCCCCUGAAGAAGGCCGACCUCCUAGCGCUCAUCAACUUCCAGAUCCUCUCGGGGUCGCUGCCGCGAAUCAGCAGCGCCGUCUACGUCAUCAUCACCUCCUCUGACGUGGAUGUGGACGGCUUUGGCACCGAUUUCUGCGCGUUCCACGAUUACAGCGGGAGCAUCAAGUGGAUGUGGAUCGGCAUGCCCGAAAGGUACCUCUCGAGGUGCACGCACGCAGUAGCAGCAGGCCUGGAGUACCCCAACGGCGACCGAAUCCUCGACGGAGCGAUCUCCAACUUCGCCCACGUUCUUUCCGAGACGGUGGUUAACCCUAAGCCCGCGCUCAGCUGGUCCGACGAUGCGGGCAACGAGAAUGUCGAUCUGUGCUCGGACAUCUGGGGCACGGAGUACCUCACUGACGACAGCCCCGCUGUACAGUACAACGCAGUGGGUGUAGACGACUACAAAUUCUUCCUGCCUACAAUGCUGAACCCCAGCACUGGAUUCUGCAUGAAUGGUCUGUCGGUGCUCCCUGGUGUCUGCGGGAAGGAGCUGUUCAACUACCCAUGCGACUCGGGCGGCAUCUAAGCAGACUUCCAUGCGGCUUAUAGAGGGGGGGGGGGGGGAGGCGCCAUGUGUAUUGUUACGGAGGGGGGGGGGAAAGAGGUGGUAUGAGGGGUGACUGUAUGGCUGCACUCUCAAGGAUGUAUUGUGGUGGGAGGGAGGGUGUUUGGCUGAGGGUUGGAGCAUGGUAGUAAGUGCUUCCUUUGUUUUAUAUUUCUUUAAUUCUCUGGGGUGUAUGGAGCUUUUGGGUUGGGUGAGGCGUGGUUCUUGUGUUGUGGUGUGUGAGCCAUUGCCCUUCUCACUUUUCCCGUGCAACCCUUCAUAAAGCUGUCGAACGUUAUGGGUGGCCACUUCUGAUUCAAAUGGCUGUCUUGUCUUCAACCUCAAUGUUAUAUUCCUGUUUUGGUUACCGUAUGUUGUAUGUUUCGGAGCUAGAAAAUGUAUUCUCAA